UAAAAUAGCGUGAUAUACCCGUAACAAGGAGGCGUAUAGAUAAAGUUGUACCGACAUAACAAAUGGUGGCAGUUCACAGUUUGUAGGCAAAUUAUUCCUUCAAACUCACUAAAGUACCAACAUCAUGGCAAGUAACAUAUCCGUACGGCGUGCCCAGGAUCUCGUUACCUACACGUGUGCUUUGUGUGACAGUGAAGACGGGGUACGUUGGUAUUGCAACGAUUGCCAGGAGAAUUUAUGUGAUUGGUGUACGGAAACUCAUACACGCGGAAAGAAAACUCAAAACGAUGACGUGGUAUCGAUAGGGAAGGCUAACCGCCAGAGCGACAAGCCUAUACCAGAGGUAUGUAAAAUACAUCCCGGUAAAUUAUGUGAUCUCUAUUGUUCAGACUGCAACCUGUUGAUUUGUUCGAUGUGUUUAUCUAAAACUCACAAACACCACGACUGGAAACAUUUCGAAGACGAAUUUUCCAUUAAAAAGCAACAUCUGAAAGAACAUAUCACAACAAUUUCUGUUAAAAUAGAACAGUUCAAGAACGAGACAUCAGAGCAACAUCGUUUUAACGAAGGGUUCAACGACAACAUUGAUACAAUGAGGAUAGAGGUGAACUCUCAAAGGACAAAGUUAAAGGCAGAAGUAGAUUAUAUCGCUGAUGCAAUACUUGCAGAAUUAUCGGCUUUAGAAAAAGAAGAAUCGACCAUGCACAAGACAGAUUGUCAACGAUCAGAGAAAAAAGUCGAAGAACUGACGCGCCUGCUUGAACAAGCGGAAAUGACAAAUAUAGCAAGUGUAUCCUUGUUUGAAACAGAAAGGACUUUGAGGACAACUCUGCCCCUGUAUGACGUUAAUGUGAAAUAUGUUUCACCAAAACAACCAAGCUUUGUUACCGGAAGUAUCGACCGCGUCCUGUUGACGGAAAUGUUAGGUGAAUUACACCACGAGAACCAGUACGAGAAGACAGACAGCAACAGUAAACGCGUUCAUCGUCUCUCAAAGUUUGCUGUUACUCCAAAACAUCAAAUAAACGGUAUAUGUCCAGUCGACGACAGUCAGGCGUGGCUAUCAAUACACAAGUACCAGGGUCUGGUACUGGUUAAUAGGGAGGGUGUGGUCUCAGAGACAGUAAAGCUGGACUUCUGUCCGUUCAUGAUCACCAUGGUUGGGACAACAGACAUACUUAUGACCAGUUAUCCAUUUAGUACAUUUAUAUAUAAACUAUCACUAAUCAACAAACAAGUAACAACAUUUGCUGACAUCAAGCCACAUGAACCACGUGACAUCAGCAUCAACGAGAGGGGCGAGGUGUUUGUUAGUACAGGUACAUCAGACAUAGUGGUACUGAAUCAGUCAGGCACGGUUAUAAGGAAGGUCAUUAUUGGAUCAGAAACUAUAAGGUAUGUUGUCUGUUUGUCAUCGCGACGUAUGUGUGUAGUUCAAGCAAUCAGAGAGAGCCGGACUGAUAGGAAUAUAAAGAUAACAGACGAAUCUGGUACCGCCAUACAGACAUGGACUGGUGAACUCGACAACGAUCAAAAGGUCGGUAGUAAGCAACUCUGUAAGAUGUCAUGUGAUAAGUACGAUAGAGUCUUUGUACCAGACUACAAGAACAAUCAGGUGUAUGUCUUACCGAGAGACGGUACACAAGUUGUGUGUCUCCUGGACCAGAAAUGUGGAGUGAUCAAACCUACAGCGGUGGGUGUGGACACGUGUGGUAACGUGUGGAUCGGGGGUGGAGACGGUACCGUACACGUGAUGGGGUUGUAACACGAGGAUAUAGUACAUGAUGAACACUUGACCUCGUGGUACAAUAAAACAUUAUGUAAAUAUCAUUCCAUGACAGUUCACCGAUAAAUGUAUAAAAAGUAUAAAACGUCCUCAAAUGUCGAAUCAGAUUGUACAAACAUUUGAACAGUGANU